UAGAGACUGAAAAUAUAUUCCCAAAAUGAUCAUGAAGCCUGUUUGGAUUAGCUUCUUAGUUCUCUUAGUUUGUGCCUCCUUAGUUUCUAAAUUUUCUACAGCUGAUGAACUAAGCUCUAACUCUUCAGUAGCGUCUAAAUUGACAACAUCAAAAAUUGUUGAUGAAGUCAAUACCACCACAAUAUUACCUGGAUCAUCGAUUUCUGACAAAACCACUUCAAUUGAAAAAACUACUGAGUCAUUGAAAUUUUCAAUCGCAACAGAGAAACCUGGCGUUUUGAGAGAUGAUUCAACAACGAACAAUGAAUCAAAAUCUUUGAAAGAGAUCCAUGAGACUGAUAUUUCCUCUACUGAAAAGGUAAAAAUAUCAAAAAUCGAAGAAUCAAUAGAGCCAUUAUCAGCAACUACAAUAACAACAGUGAAACUAGAACCGCAAGGAGUGAAUGCCUCAAUAUCCUUACCUCAAACGACACCAACACCCGCAACAAAAUCGACCAAAUCGCCUUUCUCUGUAACCCACAAAAACUCAACCAUUUGGACAGAUUCCACAUCAACUACUUCCAUACCUGGUUCAGAUUGUUCUUGUGACUUGAAGAAAGGCACUUGUGAUUUGAAUUGCUGUUGCGACCCUGACUGUUCAACUUUUGAACGCGCUGUAUUUUCAUCAUGUUACCUGCAAGCUAAUUACUCCUUCGACUCAAGAUACUGCUAUGCCACUCAAUUCAUCUACAGAAAUAACACACAGUUCAAGAUUCAAAAAGAAGUGAAUUCAGGCUUAUUUUGCAUUUUGGCAGAAAAUUUUCCAGCCAAAUCAUAUUACCAUAAUGUUCAGACUGUGAAGGAUCCAAAUCAAAUGAAGAGACUCCUGCGACAGACAAAUCAGUACUCGUGGCCUGAUAUUGAAGUAUCCGUUUCUAAAAAAUCCAUCCCUGAUGAAGGCUACAGACAUGGGUCUUAUCUUUGGGCCGUCAAAAACACAUCAAAUAUCUAUCCAUGGAGUUUACCCACUCGUACAAUAUCAUCAUUUUGCAAAAGCAAGAAAGAGCUGAUUUUUUUGGAGGAGUGGUCCAGCUCUUGUAAACAUUUAAUCUCAAAUGAGGAAGAGUGCUUAUCAAGUGUUCACAAUGCAGAAUUAUUCUUCAAGAAUGUCAGCUUUCUCAAAUCGCCUGCUCUCAUCAAUGGCUCUGAUUUCGAGAGUUGCAAUAGGACAUACUGUGUUCCAGUGGAGCCGUUCCUAUGCGGAUCAGACAGCAUCUGUCGAAAUCUGACAGGCCCAAUCAACAACUAUUAUAAUCGCAGUGAAAGAAUCUGUCAUAACGUUAUUCUUUCCUUGAAUUUUGAAAUAUACCAUAACGGCUCGGCAGGAAUAAACAGAGUCAAAGCACUCCUUCGCUUGCAAAACAUCACAGUAUCAUCUUCCUCGUCCUCCUCAUUUUUCCAGAACUUCAAAGUAACUUUCAAGUGGCUGAAUCAGGCGAAUUCAACACUAGAGAGAAGUGGGUUCCCAGGCUAUUUAGUUAGAAAACCUUUAAUAUCAGGCUCCAAAAUUAUUAUUAAUUCAACAGCGGAGAUGAAUAAAACAAUCAUUCAAUAUCAGCUGGAAUCUAAACGUUGGAUCAGCUUGCUCAAAGCGGAUGACAAACUGAUGUGCCACAAAACUGAAAGGAUGAACAUUCUGUUUGGGACUAAUUUCCAAACUUCCUGUCAAUACGCAUUUCCAGAGGAUAGUCUGUACUCAGUAGAUGGUUGUUCAAAUUUAAAUUUAAAGAUCAUGGAAAAUCUACUUGGCACCAACAUCAGCGAUAAUGCAGUAAACCUCUUUAUCUCCUCUUAUGGCGAUCCUAGCGGAGAGCUUACAGAUUGGGUCCCUAUCAUCCUGCAAGAGCAACAAAAGCAAGAUUGUGACAGUCUCAUUGCAGGAAUCCGGCUGAAUAUUUUUUAUGCGUUUGUAGGUUCAGUUUUAAACCCUCAAGCAAAAAUAUUUCAAGUGUCCGUAAACUUUCAUAGGCAGUCUCUGAAUAACCAGAACCAAAAUUUAUUUUGCCACUUCAAAGUUUGUAGUCUUUCUCUGACCAGUUCAGUUGUAUUCACAGACACGACCAUGAUCCCUUUUAAGAAAUUUGCAGCGAUCCCAGUCUAUGAGAUAAAACUUCCUCAGGACUUCUUCUACCCGUUUCUUUCAUCCGAGAGCUCCAUGUAUCGCAACAGCUACUUCCAAAUUCUUUUGAUUCAGAUUUUUGUACAUAAUAUUGUAAGUAUUAGAAGUUAAUUUUUUUCCUUUUAUGCUAUCAAUAAAUUUUGGAUUUCAAGAGAAAA